GAGAGACGCUAAAACUCCGUAAGACAUUACACACUUAGCAUUAUUUGGAACCAACAGUUAAUUCAGAAGAGCCAACGGUAGGAUGUCGUUUGUAAGACUGUGUGGAAUAUUCAGCGUACGGUCAACAAUUUCAGAUGUUCAGCAACCUCACGGUGGAGUUGCGUCAAAUUGUCCUUCACCAUGACGAGAUCAGGUGCCUUCAAACUCAGCAUCCUUUUGUUCAUCACAUUCAUCCUGUGCCUUCCAGAGUUAUUCCCAAACAUAUCUCAAAUUGAGUUCCUCUGUGAACCCUUCGACCUUUGCACAUCUGAAAGCAAUGCACAGCUGUGUGGUCUUUCUGACCCUGCAUGUGCCACAGAAACUAUAAACACCAGCAGUCCACACAGACAGGAUGGCUGGUAUGUCUGCGCAUCUCAAACGGAUCUGAAGCUUCUCCAAAACAACACUUCACAGUCAGGAGAGCAUGUGAUGGCCGUUCUGACCAUGAAAACAGCCAAUCUCUCAGUGUGGAACUACAGUGUGUUUGCUUUUCUCAACAACACUGAUCUGUACACUGAAGCCUACGAUGAGCAGACCCUCUUCUACUGCAAUCUUCCACCAGAAAACAGCAAAUGUCCAGUGUUAAAGGAUGAGCUAAAGUGCCAAGCAACCAGCAGCAGUUUCCUGUUUUACUAUCAUGAGCACAAUGUGACUGCAAGAUCUGCUGAAUUACCAAAUACGCAAGCAAAAAGAGUGUGGUUGGCUUUGGUACUGACUGUGGUUGUGGUAACUAUUCUGAGUGUGGGAUUCCUGAUCAUCAAGAGCUGCCAGCAUCACCAUAGAAAAUCCAAAAUGGUGAGAUUUUUGCCUCUUUCAGCCGGUAGACAUCAGCUCAAAAAGCCGAGGAGGCGAAAACAGAAUCCGAUGAGCAACGUCCCUAAUGUGUCUAUUGCAAUAAGCAGCAUGAAUGAUAAUCUGCUCAAGGUAGCUGACCACAUGUACAAAAGAAGUUUGUCACCAAUCUAUGAGAUUACAGAGACCUCGUUGGAUGAAGAAGGGCAAAAUGAAAAUCGGGAAGAAGAGCAAUGUAAUGCCUCAGUGACACUGGAAGCUAACCUGCAUCAUCGAAGCAACCAUUCCUGUUCCAGUCAUGAAGAAGAUGCUUUCAGCCUUUAAAGUCAUGAGAAGCAGCAGAAGCACUUUAUUUAUUUAUUUUUUUUAAAAGUGAUAUAUUUCUAACACAACAAGGGCAGCUAACUACAGUAUUACAGACAAAUCUCCAACUCUGAGGUAACCAUAGUGAACAAGCAAGUGCUUAAAAAAUGUACCUGUCAAGCAGAAGCCAGGCAAGAUUGACAUCUGUUCAAAUGUCUUCCCUGAUCAUAUCAGACACUGCAGACAAAGAAAAGAUCUAAUGUUAAUAAUGCAUCAAUGUACGCUUUAUGUAAGCUGUCCAACAUCCUGGUCAAAGUCAGCAAGGGAACACUCUGGACCAAGUUUACUGUAUGUUUUGAAGCUGUUAUACAGUACAAGUGAAUAUUAUUAGUGAUGAUCUCUCCCUCAUUAGCAUAGACAGCCCUGAGUGAGAAGCAGCCAUUAGAGUUUUGAACCGGCUGUUAUGCUUUUAAAAAGAGUCACAAUCUUAACUGAAUUUAAAGUGACAGUUACCAAAAGGCACAAUUUGGAUCAAAGCCUAAAAGGGGCAAUUUCAAGGAGUCAUAAAAAAAUGUGUGGCAUUUUGAGCUGAAACUUCAUAUACACACUGUAGGGAUCUAAAGAGAUUUUACAUCUUGUAAAAGGGGCAUAAUAGGUCCCUCUAAAGACUUGCAACAACCAACAUUUUGUCCAAAGAACUUCUCAAUUGGGUGACAUUAUGAAUAGUUUUGCUGCUCCCUAUUGCAGACACUUGAUCAAACUGUCUCCAAACUUUACUAAAUGGAUGUUGCAUGAUUAUAGCUGAAACAUGGCAACCACAAACAUGUCACAAAAAGUACAAAGUGGCAACUAUAUGACAACAUUAGCAAUCUUUUUGUUUUCUAAGAUUUUCACUGCAACCAAAUCAAAAUAUACAUCACAAAAAGUGAUCAUCCUCCAUAUUAGUCUCUCUUCUCAAGCAAAGUCCUGAUUUUCUAAUAGAUCUUGGAAAAUAGGCGACGCAGUGGCGCAGUAGAUAGUGCUGUCGCCUCACAGCAAGAAGGUCGCUGGUUCGAGCCUCGACUGGGUCAGUUGGCGUUUCUGUGUGGAGUUUGCAUGUUCUCCCUGCGUUCACGUGGGUUUCCUCCGGGUGCUCCGGUUUCCCCCACAGUCCAAAGACAUUUGAUACAGGUGAAUUGGGCAGGCUAAAUUGUCUGUAGUGUAUGAGUGUGAAAGAGUGUGUGUGUGGCGGUUUCCUAGAUCCGCUCAUCCACUGCGUAAAAACGUGCUGGAUAAGUUGGCAGUUCAUUCCGCUGUGGCGACCCCAGAUUAAUAUAGCCGAAAAGAAAAUGAAUGAAUGAGUAGCCUAAAAUGGAUCCUGAAAUGCACGGGCAGCCAGUAAAGAGAAGAUUAAACAGGGGUGAUGUUUCUGGUAUUUGCAUGUGCCAGUUAAAAGACACGCAGCUGCAUUUUAAACAAAUUGCAUUCGAGAAAUAGAGGACUGACUCACCUCAAAAUAAAGUUGGCGGUUCAUUCCGCUGUGGCGACCCCGGAUUAAAAAAGGGACUAAGCCGAAAAGAAAAUGAAUGAAUGAAUCUUGGAAAAUAAGUAUGAUAUAAUUGGCAAGUGCACGUUUUGGCCAAAUUGUCGUAUGUGGAGUGUAAUAUAAAACAAAAGUGGGUGAAACUGUUUUUUAAUAGUUUAAGAUUUUAAAAAGCAUAUAAAUAAAAUAACACAUCAAACAUGAACAAAUUUACUGUUAAUACAGAACCUUGUUCCUUGUGUCAGACACAUUUUCUAACAGACACGCAUCCUAACUUGGAAAAUAAAUCCUACUGAAAAUCCCCUAAAGCAUCUUCGAGGGUUUCCCACUUCAAUUUCUUACUUGUGGUGGCACUCAGGCAUGCUCAACUUGACAUUCAACUUCACUCUUUCCAACAUGACUUGAAGGAACCAAACUCUUUGUAUUUUGUGAAAUAUAGUCCCGCCACUUUCCAUUCAGGUCUGAGUGUUGUUAAUUUUUUCAGUGGCACUGUUUUUUUGAGCAUAUCUACUGUCAAUUACAGAAGCAGAUUCAUUGUUUUCCCGUUUGUAACUUCAAAUUUUCCAAUUUCAAAUACUGUUUUUUUUCCUAAUGUGUUAUUGGCUGCUUAUGUAAGGUCUUUUCAUCUGCUAUAGUUACAAUGUUAAAGGGAAAGUUUACCUAAAAACAUGUGUAGUUAAUAUAUUAACACGUUUGUUAGGCUGUGGAUUAAAAAUGUAACAAUGCUGUAAAUAAUGUAUAGUGUCUUGAUCAUUUUGUAUCAUAACAGCUUUUUAUUUUUUUUAUCAUCAAUCCUGUAAACAUUGACUUGCAUUUUAUGAAAUACUAACGACCACAGUAUAAGCAACACAUGUAAAUCUUCCUUAAUGUUCUGCUGAAUAAAAGAAAUGCUGUAAGGCCUUGCCAUUUUAAAUGAACAACUUUUUUAGGUGAACUUCCCCUUAUGAGAUCUUAAUCACACUAUGGUGUUUUGUUGGCCUAUUUGCUCAUUGAAAUGAGAAAGAGCCUUUCUACUACUAGGCUGAAAACAUUAAGCAUGCAGCAUGGUUCUCUAAUAUCCAUUUAACUACCAAUACGGCUGCACUAAUGUGAUUUCCUAAUUUUAUAACACCAAUUUAAAGCUCUUGUGGCUAUUAAAAAUACUAUUUAUUUUU